GCCAAAAGCAGCUCGGACUCCGCCAUUCAACACAAACACACACACAUACACACACAUACACACACACACAUAUCUGAGGCACAUUGAUUGAGCUGAUCGGCUGAUCCACUGCUACAUGUGUGGAUGUUGAAUGCAGAUCACCAGGACUGAAGGAAGACUCUGAUCCGGUUUGAUAACAGCGCAUCUGACGGAGGAAAGCAUGGUUGAUAACACCAGUAUAGCAACGAAAUCUGCUUUGCCGGGCUCUUUCUCGUCCGCCAGCAGCCUCUCCCUCCCGGCUCCCUCCUCCGCCUCCUCCCACAGCUCGUUCCCCGGUUCCCAGACGCACCAGCCCGGCGGCGGCGGCGGCAUGAAGCUGGAGGCGGUCAUGGAGAACCUGCAGCGGCAACAGGCGGCGCGGCUCGCCCUGGAGGAGAAGCUCCGACAGGCGGAGAAGGAGAAGGACCUCCGCUCCAUGGUCGAAUCCCAGAUCCACCAACAGGCGCUGGCUUUCCGGCACUACCAAGCGGCGGUGCGCGGUGCUCUGGCCGCCGGAGUCGCCGCUCACUCGCCCCCAGAGGUGACGCUCCGCAGAGGGGGGGAGGACGAGACUUUCUCCCGGCGGAGCAGCGACGACAAGGACGAGGAUGCGGAUGACAUGGAGGAGCAGGAAAUCAUGGAUGAAGAGGAAGAGGAGGACGAUGAAGACGGGUUAAACCACUACCAGCACCGGCGGACGGAGCUCCAGGGCGCAGCGCCACCGGUGCACCUCAUGUCCCGGCUCCCUCCGUCCUUCGGCCCGGCCCGCCGCCCGGAAUCCCCAGGGGGAAACCCACAGUCCCAGCACCACGAGUGGACCUAUGAGGAGCAGUUCAAACAGUUGUACGAGUUGGAUGAUGAUGAGAAACGCAAAGAGUUCCUUGAUGACCUUUUCAGUUUCAUGCAAAAGCGAGGGACUCCAGUGAAUCGGAUUCCUAUCAUGGCCAAGCAGGUGUUGGAUCUCUACAUGCUCUACAAGCUUGUCACCGAAAAAGGCGGCUUAGUGGAAGUCAUCAAUAAGAAAAUAUGGCGUGAGAUCACCAAAGGCCUUAACCUCCCUACCUCCAUAACCAGUGCAGCUUUCACUCUGCGAACACAAUACAUGAAGUACCUCUACCCGUAUGAAUGUGAAAAGCGGGGGCUGAGCUCCCCUGGUGAGCUUCAGGCAGCUAUCGACAGCAACCGACGGGAAGGUCGGCGUCAGAGCUAUGGCUCCGCCCUCUUCAACUACUCUCCUGUGGGAACACCCACUCUCCUGUCCUCACCAAAGAUGCAGAUGUCCCACCUCCCCAUGCCCACUCACAACAGUGGCCAUAUGUCCCAGGUGCCUGUCAUUAAGAAAGAGGAGUCCCUGUUGGCCCCCUGCCUGCCCAGCCGGAUGGCCCUCCCCAUGUCCCCCAGCAGCCAACAGGCAGCAGCCGUGGCCGCGCAGGCGGCGGCGGCCCAGGCAGCAGCAGCGGCCCAGGCAGCAGCAGCGGUGCAGGCAGCUGCUCUGGAGCAGCUCAGAGAGAAACUGGAGAGCGCCGAGCCUCCGGAGAAGAAGAUGAUGAUGAUGGCAGAAGAGCAGCAGAGGAUCAUGCAACACGCGCUGCAGCAGAACCUGCUGGCCAUGGCCUCGCAGCUGCCCCUCAACAUCAAAGUUAACAACAGAGAUGAUAGACAAGAGACUGCAUUGAACCUGUCUACCAACGGCAUUAGCAGCAUCAACAUGUCAAUAGAAAUAAAUGGAGUUGUCUACACAGGCGUCCUGUUCGCUCGGCAGUCGGCCAUCGCAGGGAUGACGGGACACCGUGGCAAACACAGCAACUGCCAGACUCAGGGAAAGACCAGUCCAGGUCUGCCUGUGCAGUUCCAGCCGUCCUGCUCCUCUUCCUCCUCCUCCUCCUCUUCCUCCUCCUCCUUACUCCAUGGACACAGAAACUCCUCCCCCUGAGUUUCUUGUCCAUCC